GCCGCCUUCCCGCCGCUGGCUCCGCGUGCUGCAGGACUAGUUCCAGCAGCCUGUAAAACAUGGUGGAUUACUAUGAAGUUCUAGGCGUGCAGAGACAUGCCUCCGCCAAGGACAUUAAAAAGGCGUAUCGGAAACUGGCAUUGAAGUGGCACCCAGAUAAAAAUCCUGAGAAUAAAGAAGAAGCGGAGAGGAAAUUCAAACAAGUAGCCGAGGCGUACCAGGUGCUCCCCGAUGCUAAAAAAAGGGACAUCUAUGACAGAUACGGCAAAGAAGGAUUAAAUGGUGGAGGUGGAGGUGGAGGUGGAGGUGGAGGUGGAGGUGGAGGUGGAGGUGGAGGUGGAGGUGGAAUUAACUUUGACAACCCGUUCGAGUUCGGCUUCACAUUCCGGAACCCAGAUGAUGUGUUCAGGGAAUUUUUUGGUGGAAGGGACCCGUUUUCAUUCGACUUCUUUGAAGACCUAUUUGACGACUUCUUUGGGACUCGGCGGGGUCCACGUGGGAGCAGGAACCGGGGAACCACCUCGUUCUUCUCCGCCUUCACAGGGUUCCCGGCUUUCGGCGAAGGGUUUCCGUCUUUUGAUGCAGGAUUUACUUCCUUCGGGUCAAUAGGUCAUGGAGGUCUCACUUCAUUCUCUUCGACGUCAUUUGGUGGUAGUGGGAUGGGCAACUUCAAGUCCGUGUCGACUUCUACCAAAAUCGUUAACGGAAGAAAAAUCACUACAAAGAGAAUUGUCGAGAACGGUCAAGAAAGAGUAGAAGUUGAAGAAGAUGGCCAGUUAAAGUCCUUGACGAUAAAUGGUAAGGAGCAGCUGCUACGCUUGGAUAACAAGUAAUUCAACGCACGCAUGUAACAGAGAUGUUAACUGUAACAAGCACCAUGUGAGGAUUAACAGGAACAUUUUUUUGAAGAUUUCAGAUGAACUCGACUUUCAGUAUAACUGUCCCUAAUCUAAAGUAUUUAUACACGCUCAUCGGAGCCUGUCAGACAGUUGAUUUAUUGUUGGGACCACAUGAUAGGACCUUUUCUUUUUGGUCUUUACAAUUGUUGUAAAUCUCUGUAUGCACUUUGCUUUUUAUUAAACGUGAUCCAGGGUG